GCACAAUAGUGGAAAUUAAAUUUUCUGCAGCUUCCUGAGACUUGAAAAAACCCUCCCUGCUGUUUAUUGGACUCAAAUCGCUACCCUCCCUCUCCUCCGACAAGCAGUCAAUAUUCCUCCAGGCUCCCACCUCCACCUCCCACCUACUCACCUCUCCCUCCUGGUCGUCCACAUAACCCGUAUCUCCCAACAACGUCAGACACAGAGCUGAAGAUGUCCUGGACGUAUGCGACCCUCCUGGCUCUCCUCGCCGUGCUUCUGGCACUUUGCUGGUCUCCAGAGGCCGAGUCUGCAGCUGUGCACAGCAGCACGGGCAUCGCUAAAGAGCCCCGAGGGCCGGCGAAGAAGAUCUUCAUGAAGGAGCAAGACGCCUCAAACUUCAUCAGGAGACGCAGCAGACGGGGGGCGAAGUCUCAGGAUGAGAUGAACGCGGAGCAGAUGCAGAUUCUGGCUGCAGAUGAGCGGAAGAGAGAGUUUCAUGAGCAGAAGAGGAACGAAUUUGAGAGCCACGCCGAAGAGGAGAAUGAUGAACAAGACGAGAGGAGCAGAGAGAGCACCGAGCAGUGGAGGGAGUUUCACUACGACGGGAUGCAUCCUCCUCAGGAGUACAACCGUCAGUCCGUCUGAGGCCCGAGGUGCAGUGAGGGAGGAGAGAGGUGAAGCUUUAAUGAAACCUCGAUGUUACACGAUGUUCCUCCGCUGACAGUGACACCGAUUUGUAUUAAAACACAAUAUGAAGACAUCAUGAUUAUAUAGGGAUUUCUCACAAGUAAUGGGUUAGGAAGAAAAAAUAUCAAAAAAUCCUAAGCUAUUGAAAUUGUUGGCAUUGUCCAACUAACAGACAAUAAAACAUGAUAUUGGCUUUGAUAUAAUAGUGGAAAAACUACAACUACAAAACUAGAGCGUUUGCCAUCACUUCAAAACCAUGUUUAGAACAAAUUAUGAAAACUCAUUGAGUAUCAAGACGAUAAAAGAAUACUAUGUAUGUUUUUCGGUAUGAAAGAGGGCCUGGGUUAAAUAGAUGUGCAAUGAUUUUUUACACAGCUUUUAGUAGACAUUGACUCACCU